CUCUUUAAUAUGUGUAUGUAUGAAGAUACACUUGCCAUAAAAAGUCAACGUACAAAAGUCUAAUAAAGCAGUAUCAAAUAUCAAUGAAAAUUUGAGAUCAAGUUCACUGCCUAUUUGUCAGAAUUCAACCGUUUUGUUAUGAGUGAAAUAAAUGUGUACAAACGAAUGAUAGUGAAGUGUUAGUGGAUAUAAAAGUGAAAAAUAUAAGUGUAAAAUCCAUCUUAAAUUAAAUAAAAAUACGUACUUUAAAUAAUUGAAAUUUUUAAUUUUAAACUCAAAUAUCACAUAUAACAUUCUCUAUCUGCCCAUACCCAUAUUAUCCCAGAGAUCCUGGGACGGUAUUCUAAGUUUUCCCAGCAUCACAUUAAGCUAAACUGUUCGAAAGCACCAUUUAUUGCAAUGCAAAUCCAAAAUAAAUACUUUUUGCCCCUACACAAAUACAAGCCAUAUACAGCGUUCCAAUAAAUAGAGUGAUAAAUGUGUACAUAUGUACGUAAAUAUAAACAUUUGGCUCCAAACUAUUUCUUUUAUGUAACAAAGAUGUAUAAGCAAAUAGUAGCUUCGGCAUACAAAAACAAUUUAAAUCGAAUUUGAUAUUCGCGGCAACAGUCGGCAAAGUCGGCAAAGCAGUAGCGAAUCAUAUCUGAGCAGUGUUGUCAAUACUGUUCCUCAUACUUAAAAUAUUUGAAUUUCUCUUUAUUAAUUAAUUUAAAAAAAGAAAUAAUUAAUUCAUAAAAUUUCAAUAAAUAUUAAAUUAAUAAAAAAAUAAGUAUAUUAAUUACCAAAUGUAAGAUUAAAAAUAUAUUACCAAAUACUGCAAGAAAUGACAUACAAAUCUUGAAGUGAGGCAACACUGCAUUGUCUAUCGAUUUUUCAACGUUUUGACAGUUCUCUCAUCCAGUGCUUUUGUCAGAGUGAAGUAUUAAAAAAUUUGCAAGCGAAAUAGUUUUAUGUGCCGGGUUUUACAGAAUUAAGGUAGGCAGCAAAAUGUUUGGCACUUUGCAAAACUAUUUGAGCGGUGUGCAACGCGCUUGGUCCGCGGCGGAUGGCGACUCCUUGGCUUCCUUCAUUUCACUCAAAGACAAACAUAUUAUGAAUCGUAAUCUCUACGUGGAAAAUCCAGAGAAUACAGUGGAACGGAUGCUCGAUCCGCCAAUUGAUGAAAUAGUGUGUGCGCAUUUGAAGGUGCUGUACUACUUGGGCAUGGAAUCGCGAGACUUCAUGCAGGCAUAUCGUCAACAGUCACAAUGCAUACAAUCUGUUGUAAAAAUGUUGCAACAGUUAAAAGAGGAGAAUUGGUGUUUGCCCAUUAUGUACACGACUUGCUUGGAUUUGCGUAUAUUAGCGCAAAAAUGCGAGGAUCUGGGCAGUAGUAGUAAAUCAGGCGAAAUUCUUGAAAAGGCCGCAGAUUGCUUAAUGAGCUGUUUUCGUGUUUGCGCCGCAGAUAAUAGAUCUUCUGACGAAGACACUAAGCGACUUGGCAUGCUCAAUCUAGUUAAUCAGCUAUUCAAAGUGUAUUUCCGCAUCAACAAAUUGCAUUUAUGUAAACCAUUGAUACGCGCAAUUGAUAGCAGCACCUUCAAAGACUCCUUCCCAUUGCAAGAGCAAAUUACGUAUAAAUAUUUUGUAGGCCGAAAAGCUAUGUUCGACUCGGACUACAAGAGUGCCGAUGAAUUUCUUUCAUUCGCCCUGCGCAACACACCACACAAUUUCCCACGCAACAAGCGUCUCAUACUGAUAUACUUAGUGCCGGUAAAGAUGCUACUUGGAUAUUUGCCAAAGAAACAGAAUCUCGAACGUUUUGACCUACUACAGUUUCAUGAACUUGCUGUAGCGCUGAAAGAGGGCAAUGUUCGCAAGUUCGAUGAAGUUAUACAACGCCAUGAGAUAUUCUUUAUCAAAUGUGGCAUUUAUUUAUUGGUUGAGAAACUGAAGUUCAUUGUCUAUCGCAAUCUCUUUAAGCGUGUGUACAUAAUCAAACAGACACAUCAAUUAGAUUUGCGUGCAUUUCAAGCGGCGUUGCAAUUUGUUGGCGAGACCGAUAUGAAUAUCGAUGAAACACAUUGUAUUGUGGCGAAUUUGAUUUUCGAGGGUAAAAUUAAAGGCUAUAUCUCAUAUAGCCACAAUAAGUUAGUGGUCUCCAAGCAGAAUCCUUUUCCACCACUCAAUACGGUUUCCUAGGAGCGGGUGAUGCGUGGCGCCGAGCUGCACGGACCUGGAUCGUUAAGUUAUUUAUAAAACAUUUUUACACCAACUAGUAACUACGGUACUCUAUAGUAAUAUAUUUUAUUAUAUUAAUUAUUAGAUCUGCAUGCUGUAGCUAGUACAUAAGAACUGUUAAUUAGCAAUUGCAUAAGUGUGAAACAAGAAAAGAUAUAAAGUACAAUAAACAAGACGACUUGUUAUUUUCAAUAGCAGAAAUGCAAAA